AUGAGCGAUGUGUCGAUGAAGAAGGUUGUGGAAGUGGAAGAUGCCGCAGAAGUAGGGCCUCCUCGUAAGCGGGUGAAAUUCUACCAUUUCGCCGAGGAGGUCCUCUUCGAGGUUGUUGAAGGACCGCGGAAGGGAUACAAGAGGACGAGAGUGAACGGGCCGGAGAUUAGGAAGGUGAAGACGGAAUUGAGCGAGUCGCCGACGAAGAGAAGAAGACCGAAGGAGGUGCCGCAGGAGGAGAUGCACGCCGCGUUCGGACCCGAUGCCGAGCCUGUUGAACUUGACAUGACACCACACAGCUACUUCUGCUACCGAUCUGGUGCGGUGCUGCCCGCGGUGUCCGUGCAAUCCCCGCACGUGCACCAACUACGACCUGGAGCGGGAGCAGCAACGGCGGUCGGCGAAAGCAUCGAGGGCCGAGCGAAGGCGCACGGCGAAUCGAGAGUGGGCCGCGAUGGAACCCGUGACAGAGGGGAUGGCGGAGCAGGAGCGACGGUUGGCGGAGAAGGCGGCGGCGGCGGCGUUGGUGAAGCCGAGGUGGAGCGUGUUUUCGGAGGAGGAUGA